AUGGCUUUAUCUCGUGACGCUCAAGACCCUCAAAAUAAAACUGCCGAUCCAUUUACACGUCGUCGUUGUGCACCUACACUUGUAAUGAAAGCUCCGUCAUUAAACAAUAAAGAAGAAUUGUUACGAGAGUUACAUCAAGAACGUCGUGCAGCUGAAGCCGAAGCAAAGAAAAAACUUGAUGAUCAACAAUUAUUAUCUGAUAAAAAUAAAUCUACGACAAUUACAACAACAAUGACCAAAGAAGAAUUGACAACAGAUAAAACGUCAUCAGACAAAAGUUUUACAACAAUGACAACUUUUGAACGUGGAUCAUUUACGUCAUUUUCCGAACAUAAUGAUGAAAUGUUCACAUCUCAUAAUUUUGAACUUGAUCUUAAUAUCAAACUUUUUUCUGAUUAA